AUGCGAGACUAUGCGGCAACGUCAGUAAGAAACAUGCUACUCGAAAGUCUCAGCGAAGAUAUCAGGUGCCUGGCCAUCAUUGUGGAAGACAAUUCAAAGAGUGCUUUGGAGAAACACCUCAGAUUGACCAAGGAAGCAAUGUUAAGACAAGUAGCCGCCGCAGAUUCGAUCAGGAAGGACUACGAUUACCUCAAAGGUGAAUUAUGCAUGUUGUCAUCUGGAGAACCACAUGAGCAGAUCAUUGUCACAAGCGCAUUACACUUCACUGCUAGAGUGAUCAAAGAACGGUACUUAGCUCUAUGUACACGGUUCUCACUCCUUCACAAGUGCUAUGCUUUCCUUCCUGGCCAUCAGAUACAACAGGCGGGCACAUCGAAAACAAGCAUGCAAGCGUUCGACGAUAUGCUGCAAGAAAUGGACUCACACAUGAAAGUAAUCGAGGACCUUGUCAGAGAGACAGCGAACAGACAACACAGUGCAGAGGUGAACCUCUGUCAAACAACGUGUAGGACCGAAGCGGACAGACGCAUUAUAAGGAUCCUCUAUGACAAGUUAGCCAGACGAGACGAUGAGAUCCUCAACUUGAGUAACAUAAUUGCCACAAUGACCUCUGCGCAAGAACACAAUGUACAGAAUACAAGCGUAGAAUGCCAAGCAACCCCCUCCGUGACCACAGUUGAAUCUCAGACGGAAUCAGUAUUGUAG